AUGGCUCGCGUAACCGUCCUUGGCGCCGCCGGUGGCAUCGGCCAGCCGCUCUCUCUGCUACUCAAGACCUGCAGCCUCGUUUCCGAGCUGAACCUCUACGACUUGCGCAACGCCCCCGGCGUCGCAGCCGACGUCUCGCACGUCAACACCGACUGCCGCGUUGCCGGCUUCGAGGGCCCCGCCGAGCUGGGCCGCGCGCUGCGCGGCGCGGACCUCGUCGUCAUCCCGGCCGGCGUCCCGCGCAAGCCCGGCAUGACUCGCGACGACCUCUUCGGCAUCAACGCCGGCAUCGUCCAGAGCCUGGUGACCGCCGUCGCGGAGCACUGUCCCGCCGCCCGCCUGCUCAUCAUCUCCAACCCCGUCAACAGCACCGUGCCCAUCGCUGUCGAGACCCUCAAGCGCCUCGGCAAGCUUAACGCCGCGCGCGUCUUCGGCGUCACCACCCUAGACCUCGUGCGCGCCCAGAGCUUCCUCGCCGACGCGCUGGGUCGCGACGCCCACCGCGUCGCCGACCUCGCGUCCCACGUGACCGUCGUCGGAGGCCACGCCGGCCGCACCAUCGUCCCGCUGCUGGCCGACGCUCAGCUGCGCGAGCUACAGCGCCGCGGCCUCUACGACUCCUACGUCCACCGCGUGCAGUUCGGCGGCGAUGAGGUCGUCAAGGCCAAGGCCGGCGCCGGCUCCGCCACCCUCUCCAUGGCCCUGGCAGGCUUCCACUUCGCCGAGCUGCUGCUGCGCUCGCUGGCUGGUGAGGCCGUCGCCCCCGAGCCUGCCUUCGUCUACCUGCCGGGCCUCCCAGGCGGUGCCGACCUCGCCCGCGCGCUAGCCGCCACGGAACCCGUAGACUACUUUGCGGCCCCCGUGCGCCUGGCCGCCGGCGACGCCGCCGCCGUCGACACUGCCUUUGUGGCCGACCUGGCUCCCGAGCAGCGCGCUCUGGUCGACGCCGCGCUUCCCGAGCUUGCCGCGAGUAUCCGCAAGGGCGUCGACUUUGUGCACGCCCCCAAGGCCCGCCUCUAG